GUCAACCAAGGCCGCGGCGUUUUUUUCCUAUUUAAGGAGGUAUAUGCCCAACGGGAGGCGGUAUACAACAUAAAGGAGGGGAGAUUCUUGCCUGGGCGUCACUCUUAGCUGGAAUAUGUGGCAGUGUGGACAUCCUCUCUUCGUUUAUUACAAGGGGAGCGCCGCGGACACAAACAUGGCAGCAACGUCCUCGCCAGGGAAGAGGCUCCUGCGCUCCAAGUCCGGGCUGAAGAUCGUGCCCAUGAGCGAGGGUGACAGGAGCCCCUUCGAGCUGAAAGAACCGGAAUGGAUCCCCGACAAGCUGAGCCCCACCUGUAUGGACUGCAAGGAGAAAUUUGACUUCCUGAAAAGAAGGCACCACUGCCGCAGGUGUGGGCGUGUGUGCUGUGCCUCCUGCUGUGACACCCGCAUGGAGCUGCCCAGAAUGUGCUUCCUCGACCCCGUCAGGCUCUGUUCCACAUGUGCCAAUACAACCCUGAAGGAGAAGAUCUUUUUUAACCAGGAUAUCAAAGUUCUGAUGGGGGGUGCCAUCUUGUGCCUGGCCAGUGACACCUCCAACAUGGUGCACUGCCGCCUCUCCCACGACCACCGCCUCCUCAUCCUCGCCUGCAACUCAGACCCGGCUGCCAUGCCCACCUGCAUCCCCCUGCACCGGUUGACGAACCUCCAGGUGGAGAGGAGAGAGCAGGGCACAAAUGGCAAUGGGCUGGUGACAAGCCUGGUGGUGCAGUACUGCCUGGCAGGGGAGGAGGACCAGGAGAUCACCCUUGAAGCACCUGAGAAUGCCGCCAACACUGCCUUUGCCUUCCUGUCCGCCCUGGAGAAAGCCAUAUUUAUGAUGCAAGAAUCUCGGGACAUCAUCGGAACCGGGGAGUAGCAGAGGGCCAGAGCCUGUGGGUGUUGGUGUGACCUUAGGGCCUCUGAGGGGAAAGGAAAGGUCAGAUGAGGUCAGGUCAUCAUCAGGUUAGGUCAGCCACAUUCAUUCACAUCCUGCCACACCCUGCCACAUUUUUGAAGGGAUUGGGGUGUGGCAGGCUUCACUUUUGUAUGUAUUCAUUUUCAUGUGCCAAUUUUUUUAUGCCUUGUGACGUUUGUUGAGUGCCACCACAUGCAGUAUUGUCCAGGAGGGUGUGUUGCCAGAGUGUGCUUCCACCAAAGGCACCUCGGGAAACAUGUGCGGCUUCCAUUAAUAAACGACAGUAACACGUUGAAGUCCUUUGAGAUUAUAUACGAUGGCCGUCACUUCUCCACACAUUACUUACUGUUAUCACUUAUCUGUUUUGAGUACUAUUUAAAAUGUGAUAAAACGUGCUACAAGAAUGAUCACCUUGCCAUAGAUUCCUAGGUAAUGGAAUAAAAGCUUAAGCCAGAUAUGUAUGAAGUCAAACUACAUACUAUAGGCAGAAACAUUUCUCUGUGGAUACUCGCCUCGUGUGUACAUGAAGAAGCCUACAGUGAAGGGUGUGGCUGGAGAGUACUUGGAGGUUGUUGAAAUAAGAGACAAAGAGUGCAAAAUACAAACCAGGAUGGACGAAACGUAUAGUACAACAUGAAUUAACCAAGAAAGCUUCACCAAACAAUGUGGACACUUUUCUAGUGCGAGAGUGGAAUGAAUGGAGAGUGAGAGGAAAUGUUAAGGUUAGUAAGGAAGUUCUCGUAGCUUUGCCAAACUUUGUGGAUGGUUUUAUAGUGUGAAUGGAAUGAAGGGAGAGUGAGAGAGAAAAAUAAGAUUAGUAAGGACAUGAUUGUAGUGGAAUUAACGGUGAAGGAAAGGGAAAAAUGGGGUUAGUAAGGAAGUUCUCGUAGCUUUGCCAAACAGCAUGGAUGUUUUUGUAGUGUGAGAGUGGAAUUAACGACGAAUGAAAGGGAAAAAUGAGGUUAGUAAGGAAGUUCUCAUAGCUUCGCCAAAUAGCGUGGACGUUUUGUAGUGUGAGAGUGGAAUUAACGGUGAAGGAAAGGGAAAAAUGGGGUUAGUAAGGAAGUUCUCGUAGCUUUGCCAAACAGUGUGGAUGUUUUUGUAGUGUGAGAGUGGAAUGAACGCCGAGUGAAAGGGAAAAAUGAGGUUAGUAAGGAAGUUCUCAUAGCUUCGCCAAACAGCGUGGACGUUUUGUAGUGUGAUAGUGGAAUGAACGCCGAGUGAGAGGAUAUAUUAAGGUUAGUAAGGAAGUUCUCGUAGCUUUGCCAAACAGCGUGGACGUUUUGUAGUGUGAUAGUGGAAUGAACGGCAAGUGAGAGGGAAAAAUAAGGUUAGUAAGGAAGUUAUUGUAGCUUUGCCAAACAGCGUGGACGUUUUGUUGUGUGAUAGCGGAAUGUAUGGUGAGUGAGAGGAAAUAUUAAGGUUAGUAAGGAAGUUCUCGUAGCUUCGCCAAACUUUGUGGGUGCUUUUAUAGUGUGACAGUGGAAUGAACGGUGAGUGAGAGGGAAAAAUAAGAUUAGUAAGGAAGUUAUUGUAGCUUCGCCAAACAGUGUGGACGUGAACGGCAAGUGAAAAGUAAAAAAGAGCAAGGUUAGUAAGGAAGUUGUAGAGGCAGUGAGAAAUUAAUCAUUUGUCUUCGCUGCUUUCAGUUCGUUAGGGUCAGUUGCCUUAUGGAGUCUCCGUGGACUUGUCGUGACCUGUUUAGUAUUUGUAUUUUUUUGUGGCUGAAUACCUGUGUUGGUGCGAGUCUUGUAUUUUUUUGUGGCUGAAUACCUGUGUUGGUGCGAGUCUCGGCUUCACCCCAAGACAAAUGGUGGGCUAAUUUAGAAUCUCCCUUGCAUGUCCUUUGCUGGAGGAAGGUACUCAGGCCCAUACUCUCAAACAUUUCAGGGCUUACUCACCCAUAUUGGAUGAGGCUGUGGUAGAGGUUGUUGUGGGUAUUUCCAUGGGUAGUUUCAUGAGCCUAGUGAUGUUUUGACUAUAGUGAAACCAAAUUGUCGAGUCUGUUUGGGCGUUGGCUCCCGCGGGUCCAUUUCUCCCAUCUGCUCUGCCACACAGUCCCAACACCUAUUUUUUCCUCUCGUAUGUUACCUACAGCUUACAUAUGAGAGGAAGAGAUAGGUGUUGGGACUGUGGCAGAGCAGAGAGGAGGAAAGGACCCGUGGGAGCCAACGCCUAAACGAACUCGACAAUUUGGUUUUACUUUAGGCUUCAUCAUGAACGUGAAAACACUCAUGAGAAUCCGACUAAUCUCCUUUGUGACCUUCGGAAAUGUUAGUUGUGAGAGCUGAAAAUGUCUGAGAAUAUUGAUCCUAAACCUUCCAGAGCAACAAGUGUGCCGUCACCCUGUGUUUGGGGCCAUUUAAGUGCUACAUGUUAUCCAAGGGUGACCCGGACCUGUCUACAACAUUGCUUCAUAACUUGGAGACAUGAUGUAUCGGAUUCAUUUUACUAUGUUAUACUUUAUAUUCUACAGAUGAAGCGUUAUUUCUCAUUUACUCAGAAACUGUGUAUACUCAUAUAAUAACUUAUCAUAACUAUAACUCAUUACUAAUAUAUUCAUACUUUAUUUGUUGAAUAUUUUAUUACAACUACUAAAAAGUAAUAUCUUAGGCUAUUAUGCAGUGGGCCAUUUGAAUGCAGUGGGUAGGAGAGAGAUUACUCCAUAAGUGUUGGAAGUCUGAAAGAGGAAAGGCGGAAGGCAGAGUGAGAGGAGUGUUGUGAGCGUAGCAACGAAACACUCUUAUCACACCACCAUGAAGAAGUGUUGGUAUAGGAGAAGCCAACGGUGCCAAAUUGUCAUACUCUGCCUCUUAUGUUUGCCGAUUUCUCACCCAAAAACUGCUUUCAUCAUCCUAAUAACUGCUUUCAUAUAUGGUUAUCGUUGAAAUGGUUAAUUUUUGGUGUUUUUGGGCUAUAGUUAUGGGCCUAAAGAACGGUAAAUACACGGCUCUGAGGACGAUAAUCUAGGAACGGUGGGAGGAGCCAGAAGGUGUUCCCGUUGUGGCCGUGUCGCAUGUUCUGUAUAGAUAUCAGUUGCCACCACAAGCGCUGCCUCACUCGCCCGCCAGUCCUGUUUAUGAGUUGGUGGUCAGAAUACAAAGUUGGCUCGUCUGGCUGUAGAGUUUCUUCAUGAGGGGGACCGUUCUCUUUGCAUCACUCACGCAUCUCAUUGGCCUUCUUCAUGUUCCCACAAUUCAUCAUUACUCCGUCAUGACCGUGGCACGUGUUGAGGAAUAACAUGGAACAUUAAAAUUAUACAUAAUCAAAAUGGGUAAAAUUUUUCAUUGGUAGAAAUGUUGAGAGGAAGAAUCACUCGUCAUUUUUAAUCUUGUUAGUUUUGAGGGAUUGUGUACUUGUAAAACAUUGCCCAUAGAUGGAUAUUUUUGGUACUAACUUCUCAUGACUGUCAGUGGGUCCAUCAUGUCGACUGAUUCUGCUACAUUUGCAUGGCCAUGUGUUUUGAGUGUUGCCAUUGUUAAGAUUUCAUUUCCAACACAGAGGUAUCAAUCUUAGUUGAUCCCCAGCUGUUUGGGAAGUAUUACUUGUGACAAAUGUACAUAUCAUAGUAAUUUUUAUAUUUUGAAGAACUCACUUUGUUACUUUUUGUUUGCAAGUCUAUACAUAAUAUUAAUAACCUGAUAUUCUAACAAAGUAUUUAAUUUGCUAAUCAAUUUCUUUGCAACAACCACCAACACCACACCACUCCUUGCUGUAUCUCGGGUAAGGUCAUGCCUCCUCUGGCCGCACAAUUAUCCAUGUAAUGCUCACUGUCACCUUAACACAACACAGCAUGUAUGGACUUAUCCUUACUUGCAUUUUUUUUUUUUACUUACAUUGCUCACUUAGCCAGAGUAAGCAUACUUAAGUGUCCCAAGUCAGUUUGGUGCAGUAUGAGGUUUAUUUUUUUAAGCAUUAGUUUCCACUUUGAGUUGUGAAAAUUGGGACAGACAAGUUUCCUGUGUCUCUGGAAAAUGGCCAUGCUUCAUUACAAGGGGAAUCAUUGCACACUGGUCUGGUGCUUCCUUGAGCCCAGGUUUUCUAUUUGAAGAUGUGCAUGCUCUCUCCCCUCCCUUCACGGAGACACCAUCCUCAUCCCUUGAAGCAAGCGUUUGGUGACUGAGAAUGAGUCUUGUGUAAAGGUGGUAGGGAGGAAGGGGAAGCUUUGCCUGUCACUUGCCACACAGCAGCACCUCUCUGUGCCCAGUAUUAAGGCUGCCGGCCCAUGUCCUGGCCUUGCUCGUUAACCUCACUGCACCUUCUGGUCUUGCAGAAUCUCAGACCGAAUCCAUUCAUUUACUGACAGCUGUAAUCUUUAAGUAUUCUGAUACAUUGAUAUUUUUAUAUGAUGUUGAGUGGGCAGACCUACUGGCACAGAGCUAAGUGAUUUUCUACGUAAGUUUAUAUCAGUAAACUGUUAACCUUUUAUAAGUGGUUAAGGUUUGUCAUUAUACAGACCAAUACAUGUAUACACAACUUUAUGUAAAGUAUAAAUAUAAAUAUAUAUAUUCUUAUAUUGUUUCAUAAAGGGAUGGUUUGUGUAUUUGCAUUAUGAACCAAUAAGAGCUUUAAUAAAUA